ACAGAUCCAAAUUGGGAUCACACUGUCCCAAGGGAGGGUGGCUGUAAGGGUUAAAAGAAAAGCGAGUCCCCCCCCGCUGGCCACUUUGCUCGGAGCUCCUUAGCAAUGCCACCACAAGGACACAAAGUGUAAGUGUUACGGGCCCCGGGACCAAUUUCCCCAGAGCAGCAACUGGUUGCCAAACUGUAGGCAGUGCCACUCAAUGCACAACCAAUUGUCUGUCCCAUUAUUUAUUUCGCCAGCUCUCCUUUAUCCUCCCAGUGCAGCAUAAUUUCUUCCAAACCUCUCGUAGCAUCUCUGAUCACACUCUCCCACCUGCUGUCUCCAUACAGGCUACACAACUACUGUGUUUCACCCUGUGCCCUUUCAUUUGUCAGCAUGGCACAACAGAAAACCAAGCUGAGAGGUAGGAAAAGUACAGCCAAGCAGCCAAGCCCCUCUGGAGAACUUAUCACCGAGAGAGAGCAGCACCUGAAGAAGGAACAUGCCACCCUGACAGAGCAUAUCAAGACCUAUUCAGAUCGAGUGGAUCACUUUCAAGAUGAAAAUGAAUUCCUGGACAAGGAAGCCCAGGAAAUCCAAGAAAACAGCAAAGCUUACCUCACCUACUUGGCCAAACGCACUCUCCUGUGCCACAACGCCAUCAUUUCCUUACAUGACCAGAACGAAUCGGAUCUGGCCUGUGUCCUGGAGCAGAAGGAGGAGCUGAUCUCUCAGUUCAAAGAAAGGAAGAAGGAGGUCAAGAGCCAGUUGAUUGAGAUGGAGACCAAGUAUUCCCUCAUGAACAAGGAGGUUGACGAACUGAGGCCCUUCAAGGAGCUUCAGUCGGACCAGCUUGCCCGUAUCCGGGAGCUGGAGAAAGACCUGCUAGCCAUGAAAAUCCACCAUUCUGAGCAAAUGCAUACCGUGAAGAGCCAAUUCCUGCAAAAGAAGGCGGAAUAUGAAACGGAGUCCCAGCAGAAGGUCCAAGCUUUGGCCAAAAGGGCCGAGAAGGAAGCUGUGCGCAGCCUCAUCCAACACACCAAGCAGAUCAAAGCUGAGAACGGGAGAUUGCGCAAUGAACUGCUGAACCUCAUCAAGAGAGCCCAGGGCCUAAAGGCCAUUCUGCGUCAGCUGCAGGAGCAGAAAGGGCAGCUUCUUCAGGAGCUCCAAUACAGGGAAGAUUUGGGCCAUGUACACUGCUGGCUAACUCAGCAGAGCAGAGCCAGGGGCAGGGCCAGCCUGCCUGCCAGGACUCAGGGAGGGGUUCCUCUCCAGCUACCGUCUCUCCCAAGUCUCCAAAGGCCAGCAAAGACUCCGUCAACCACUCAGACGCAGGAGACCAGCGUGGGAGAACCAUUAGGCCCUCUGGCACAAAGGCGCCCGUAGCAGGAAGGGCUUUAAUGGCAGCAGCAGGAAGACUGGCAGAGCCCCGGCACGGACCCUGGAAGCGGCUUACGCGUGCUGCCUCCUUGAUUGAGGGAGAAGACAAGGGGGUAGCCUUUAUCUGCCUUGGCAAAGUGGGAUAACAAGGGUGUUCUGCUUUUCACCUUUACAGCUAAGGCUAAAAUAAAAGUAAGAAUUCCAAAAGCCACGGUAUGUCAUCAGUGGCGGAAUUAAUUCAUAUAUUUGGGCACCUGCAGAGGGAUAAAAAGGGGCAAGAAGAUCUAAGUGCAAUACAAUUUUUGUGUGUGUUGGGGAAGAAUAGUUUGUGCAGUUCAGGAUGUGGGAGCUUUACAGAAAUCCGGUCUCUUAAAUGUCAUUUAAAAUAAUGAAUUUCCACAGAUCUAGGACUGGGUUGAUAGCAGUGUUGAUUUGUGGUAUCGUAAUAUGGAUUUGCCUUCCUUGGGCUCAAAUUGAGAUAAUUUUUUUUAAAAUUAUAGAUCGUCCUUAACUUCUGAUUCCUUGUUUUAUAACCAUUCAAAAUUAUGGUCACAGAAUCGAUACUUUAUGACUCACAAAUA